AUGGCUAAACCUGCCUAUAAAGAUCUUGGAAUUUCUAGUAAAGAAUAUGAAGAAGCACUAUUACUUGAAAGACUCUUUAGACUUGUUAAAAAAAAUCCUUGCUCUACUUGCCUUUUAAAAAAACCGACUCAUGUUGAUCUUGAUCGUUAUGAUUUAUUAUGUACAACAUGUUCUAAAAGAUGUUCUUCAAAAGUUCAGAUUGGGAAGGGUUUGAUAUCAAUGUCGGAUUUGGAACGUUUGGAAUCGAUAUAUGACAAAUCCAAAAAGAAAAAAGAAUCGAAACAUAAGAAACAUGGACACAAGUCUCGUAGUUCUUCAGUUUCAAGAGAUGAAAGAAGAGAACGCUCACCAGAGGAAUCACAUCGCCCACACAGAUCAAAACAUUCUAAACGCCGUGAAAGUGGUUCUGGCCCAAGCUCAGAACAUUAUCCACCCACUGAUAAAUAUCCUCCAAUUGACAAAUAUUAUCCAGAACCUAUGGAAAAAUAUCCACCUUUAGAUAAAUAUUAUCCAGAACCUGAUAGGUAUUAUGGUGAUUCAUUUGAUAAGUCACAUACUAAGGGUCAUAGAGAAAAGAGUAAAGAAAGGUCUAGAAAACAUAGGAAUUCAUUUUCCAAGGAAUAUCCUAGAGAUUAUGCACCAAGAUCACAUUUGCCAGAAUAUAAUCAAUACAAUUUUCAAGAAUAUAGGUUUGGAGAUCCAUAUAAUCAGUUUCAUGAACCAUAUCAGCCGAAUUUUUACAAUAAAAUGAAAAGAAACCAGACGGCACAAGAAUAUACAAAUUUCUCAAGAAGAGAUGUUCCAGGAAUGGUUGGAAUAUUAGCAAAUAGACCAGAUAUGGUCAUAAGAAAUCAAUAUGCACUACCACCUCCAAAUAAAACGGAUACCAGACAAUCCAAACAUGAAUUAGAUACUAAAUAUAAAGAUAUAAAAUAUAAAGAAGAUACUAAAAGAUUAGAUAAAAGAUUUGAUAGAAGAUAUGAUGAUAGAAGAUAUGUAGAUGAUAGAGAAUAUGGUAUGGAAAGAAAUUUGAGAUCGAAAUCAUUGGCAUUGACAAAUGGAUUCCAAGCAUUUAAAUCAAUGCCAGUACCAAUGUCGCCAUUUGGAAGAGAUGAAAUUCCAAGUACUAAUCCAUUUUCAAAGAGGAAUUUUCCUCAUUCAGGACAGGCGUUCCAUUUCACUAGUAUGCGUGAAGCUUUAAACCCACCAACACACUCAAGAAUACAAGAACAUAUCAAACCGUCACAUGACUUCAAUUUAAACAAAUUUGGAAACCCAAACUUUCCAGAUUCCAAUAAUUUCAGUCGUUAUUAA